CUAUUUUUGUGCAGCAAGUCGGCACUGGGUGGUUACCAAAUACCUUCUUCUUUACUCCUUCCUCUCUCUCAUCCCGGCCCUUCUCCCCACCACCACAUAGCGUGGAGUACAGUUCGUCUCUUCUUGUAUCUUUCAUAUACAGUCAGUGUUCUCUUUGACGGGGAGGUUCUUUAUAGCUAGUCUAUAGUUCACAAUGAAGGAGUAUAAGGUAGUGGUUCUUGGUAGUGGAGGGGUGGGAAAGAGUGCUCUAACCGUCAGAUUUGUUGCUGGUCAGUUUGUAGAGAAGUACGAUCCUACGAUCGAGGACUUCUACAGAAAAGAGAUAGACAUGGAUGGAUCUCCGACAGUCAUUGAGAUCCUCGAUACAGCAGGUACCGAACAGUUUGCUUCGAUGAGAGACCUCUACAUAAAGAACGGACAAGGUUUUCUACUGGUGUACUCGAUCAUAAACCAGCAGUCAUUCAUUGACAUCAAGCCACUAAGAGAUCAGAUUCUACGUGUAAAGGGUGUCCAGAAUGUCCCUAUGCUACUAGUCGGUAAUAAAUGUGAUUUGGAGGCUGAGAGGGCUGUCACUCCAAUGGACGGGAACUCGUUGGCUACGUCUUGGGGUUGUCCCUUUUUUGAGACUUCAGCUAAGACCAAGAAAAACGUGGAGGCCAUUUUUGUCGAGGUUGUACGAGAAGUGAUCAAAACAAAGUCAAAAAAAGGCGAUGGAGGAUGUUGUACUUUAUUAUGAAUCAAAUAAUAGGACGGAAAUUUACCUUUACUAUAAUGACUCGUAUAAAAUUACACUCAAGUCUCUAUCUAACUCUUUCUAUGUUCUUAUGUUGUUUCGCUCACCUCUCUCUCUCUCUCUCUCUUUCUUGAGCCAUCUUGUUGCUUCUUUGUUGAAUCUAGUUUUAUACUUUGUGUCAUCACGGGACCUUGGUUCUCCUUUUCUUGUACUAUUCAAAUCUUUUCUCUCCCCCCCUCUCUCUCUCUCUUUCUUUUCUCUCUUUCUCUUGGCCACAAUUCUUCUGUCCUAUCACAUUCAUAAUUAUAGAUACUACUGAUACUGUUAUUUAAAGUAGAUGUUUAAUUGCAUGUCCCUCUCUCUCUCUCUCUCUCUUGCUCUCUUGUUCAUGUUCUUCUCAAUUUGAUGUUGCAACUUUUGACAGCUUCAACAAAAAUUUAA